UUGUGGAGCGUAAACAAGAUUAACUCUCUAGCCCCCAGCAGUGCUGAUUUGCGGGGCAGCCUGCCAGUACAGUCACUGCGAGCCCUCGCGUGCGUGCAGGGCCCUGCGUGGAGAGCGGGGGAUGGGGCAGCCUUCUGCCUCCGUGCUGUCUCUGGAUCCCGCUCCUUGUCUGAGUGUGGUGGAGGGCCACAGCCUAGCCAGCUGCUUCUCAAAAUCUGGGGUGGACAGAGGCGACUGCCCCUAGCUGUGGCCUGCAUCCAUCGGCUCUCCCUUCCUCCCUGCUUAUCCCUCCGCCCAUCGAGCUGCAGCAGCUCCCUCCAGCCCUCACUGUCCACCACUCCGUCCACGGUUGCCAGCCCCUUUACCAGCUAUGGGGGACCUACCCGGGAUCGUGCGCCUUUCCAUCGCGCUGCGCAUCCAGCCCAACGACGGCCCUGUUUUCUUCAAGGUGGAUGGGCAGCGCUUCGGCCAGAACCGCACCAUCAAGCUGCUCACCGGCUCCUCCUACAAGGUGGAGGUGAAGAUUAAGCCCACAACACUGCAGGUCGAGAACAUUUCCAUUGGUGGUGUUCUUGUCCCACUGGAGCUGAAGUGUAAGGAGCCUGAUGGAGAAAGAGUUGUCUACACCGGCAUAUAUGAUACAGAAGGUGUAGCCCCGACCAAAAGUGGAGAGCGACAACCCAUCCAGAUCACCAUGCCGUUCACAGACAUUGGGACCUUCGAGACAGUGUGGCAAGUCAAGUUCUACAAUUACCACAAGCGCGACCACUGCCAGUGGGGAAGCCCGUUCUCCGUCAUUGAGUAUGAAUGCAAGCCCAACGAAACCCGCAGCCUUAUGUGGGUGAAUAAGGAGUCCUUCCUCUGAAAAUGGCUCCUUCUGAUGUUGCAAGACAAUCUCCAGAAAUCGAUGUUUAGACAAACCAGCACAAGCCUUAACAAAGGCGCACCACACCAUGGCUCUUUCCUAAUGGCCUCCUACCCCAUUACUGUGCAAGUGUGAUUUCCCUCUGAAGCAGUACCGAUGACAUCACGUGUGAUGUCACACCCCUCGAAGUUCUCCUCCCACUAUUGCCACUAUUGUGUGCUGGUGUUCCUGCAUCUAUCUUGUCUGCUAGUGUGACAGGAGCUCAGUGGUAGUAGCAGGUUUGUCCUAUAAAAAGUUCCACAGAAGGACCAUGGUGUUUUGUUUCCAAGACAAGCAAUUUCUCUCUUUUGUGUUUAUUGUCAAAUUAAGAGAACAGUGUACUGGAGUCCCCCAUGUGUGACUUGUAAUAUGUAGCAUGCAGUGUUUGUGAGCAUCCAAAGCUGGCUUUGUGAAAAAUGUAACAACACAAUCUGCAGUAAACGGGACUCAAAUGUUGUGCUUCCUAUCAACAGCUCAGCUCUUUCAGAGAAAGAUAAUGAAGGAAUUAAAAAGAUGAAUAUAUGAAUAAGUAUUUAUAACAUAUUAAUAGUCUUUCAAGUAGCAAAGCCUUUUGUUGUGAUAUAGUAGAAAUCAGGGAACAACAUUGUUGUGAAAUUGGACCUAUGGCUCACCCCUUUGGCAAGCUACCAUAGACUUUAAAGAAAUAAAGAGAUGGCAUCCCCACAUACCCUUUCACUUGAACUUUGUACAACCGUGUAUGGAAUGUUAAUCAACUUUUGAUAUUUCUUAAUAAAGACAUUGAAAAUCAUG